UUUUGCCGAUAAUAAAAUGAGCGAUGAUCGUGUUAAUGAAGCUUUGGAACAAUUAACCUCUGACCAAAUUGAACAAUUUCGAAAAUAUUUUAAUAUGUUUGACAAAGAAGGUAAAGGAUUUAUUAGAGCAACACAAGUCGGGCAAAUAUUGCGUACAAUGGGACAAGCUUUUGAAGAACGUGAUUUAAAACAAUUAAUUAGAGAAUUUGAUUCUGAUGGAUCUGGAGAAAUUGAAUUUGAAGAAUUUGCAGCAAUGGUUGCGAAUUUUGUAGUUUCGGGUGAAGAUAAUGAAGGAUUACAACAAGAAUUAAGAGAAGCUUUCCGUUUAUAUGACAAAGAAGGGAAUGGUUAUAUUAAUGUAAGUGAUCUGCGAGAGAUUUUGCGAGCUUUGGAUGAUAAAAUAACGGAUGAUGAAUUGGAUGAAAUGAUUGCAGAAAUUGAUACUGAUGGGUCUGGAACUGUUGAUUUUGAUGAAUUUCUUGAAAUGAUGUCGGGAGAAUAAAAAGA